AUGGAGUUCCUCACAGUACAUUUUCAGUGGUGGAAGAGACCCUCUGGAGUUGAUGCAGUGUGUCUGGGGCUGUUGUGUGUUCUCCCACUGGCUGGGAUCAUAGGCCUGUCUGUCUACUGUAAGUUUAAGAGAGACCAGCUACAGUCCAGUUACAACACCCUGACUAAAGAGAGAGACCAGCUACGGACCAGUUACAACAACCUGACUAAAGAGAGAGACCAGCUACACACCAGAUACAACAGCCUGACUAAAGAGAGAGACCAGCUACAGACCAGUUAUAGCCUUCUGACUGAAGAGAAAGACCAGCUAAGGACCAGUUACAACACCUUGACUAAAGAGAGAGACCAGCUACACACCAGAUACAACAGCCUGACUAAAGAGAGAAACCAGCUACAGACCAAACAACUAAGGACCAGUUACAACAACCUGACUAAAGAGAGAGACCCGCUACGGACCAAUUACAACACCCUGACUGAAGAGAGAGACCAGCUACGGACCAGUUACAACACCCUGACUGAAGAG